AUGUUUCCCCCACCCUCCAACCCAGGUGAGAAUCACUGCUUCAGCGAGGCAGACAGCGUUCUAAUGCAGAAUAGGUUCCACUGGUCCAAGCUCUUCCAGGUGAAGACGGAGAAAUGGACGUGUUUUCCAGGCUGUCUGACUGUGAGUGGCCCCAGCACCGUGAUGGGCACCGUGGGGGAGUCCCUGAGCGUUCAGUGUCAGUAUGAAGAGAAAUACAAGAUGUUUAACAAAUACUGGUGCAGACAACCAUGCUUGCCAAUUUGGCAUGAAAUGGUGGAGACCAGAGGGUCCGAGGGAGUGGUGAGGAGUGACCGAGUGGUCAUCACGGACCAUCCUGGGGACCUCACCUUCACCGUGACCUUGGAGAACCUCACGGCAGACGAUGCAGGAAAAUACCGAUGUGGGAUUGCAACAAUAGUGCAGGAAGAUGGCCUGUCUGGCCUCCUGCCCGAUCCCUUCUUCCAGGUUCAAGUGCUGGUCUCCUCGGCCUCCAGUACUGAGAACUCUGUGAAGACACCUGGAUCUCCCACCAGGCCCAGCCAAUGCCAAGGGUCCCUGCCCAGCUGCGCCUACUUCCUGCUUCUCCCACUCCUGAAGGUGCCUCUGCUCCUGAGCAUACUCGGUGCUAUCCUCUGGGUGAACAGGCCUUGGAGGACUCCUUGGACAGAGUCCAUGAACAGGAGAACUUGCCACACCCCACACCCACUGGAACCCUGUCCAGAGAAACAGCCCCUCUGACUGCAAAAAGGACUUCUGACCCUGAGCCUAU